GGAGUGCAAGUAGGGGGGUAAGCUCCGGUACGCAGUACCGACAAGAGCUUUUUAGUGGGUACGGGGUACCGGAAAGACUUGGGACUACCGAAGCCCGUUACCCUGAAUGUGGGCCAGCCAGUGUGCCCUCCCGGACUAAAGGCUCGGUCACACCCAAACAGCUCAAAAUUAACCUUGCCCUUUUAAGCUAAACAGAGUCAUGUCGCUGGCUGCAUCUCUGUUGUUACAUAACAGACAGCGAAACUCCAGUGGGGCGAGGGGCUGGCACAGAGGGUCUCAGGUACGUGGUGUGACUGUUCAGAAUCUCUUUUGGGAACAGUCAGGUCGGUGAAACAGCUGGUACUUAUGAUUACAUGCACAGAAAUGGCAUAUAUUCACCUUGGUAUCUGAAGGUAUGAAUACUCGCUCUGUUCACUACAUGUUUGCUCCUGUGGUAACGCCCACAAGGUAUUUAGCCAGCACAUGAAGGGACAAGUCCAGCUGAAUGGCCCAAUAAGGAACUCUUCGCUCACGAUGGACCCUGGAAAACGCCUGUCGACACUCAAUGGACUUGUUGUGAACGGUCUAACUAGAAGAUGGGUGGGGGUGAUGGACGUGUGACUUGCCUACGUGACUCCAAACACCAUCUUUCACAGCAAGAACCCUAACCCUAACCCUUUACUGGGCACUUGGCAGAAGCUAAAACGCCCUGGCCUGGAAACAUCUCCAUUUUGCCUCUUUCCAGCUCCAGCCUCUGGACUAUGAACAUCUACUAAUGGGAGCAUCCUAACCAAGGGACUGAGGACUUUAAGGUACUCUGGAGCCUUCAUAUUUCCUUGAUCCUUUGCAGAUGGACUUAUGAGUUGGAUGUGGUACAGAGACUGCUCUAGCCUCAUUGAUGGCUGAUUUCUCCCUUGCAAUGAAGAAAGAUCAGAUCUCCGCUGACUUUCUCACAUGGGUCAGCAGCCUUUGAUACCGGUGGUAUAAGCAACAUAGCCCUUGCUUGAGUGAUUUUAUUCUUUGCUCUCCAAAUGUGAAAGCUUGUUCCCAUUGAACUCAACAGCAAAACUCCUUUUGAUCUCAGUGGGAACAGGAUUUGGCCCCAAGAGAUCAGAGAAUGUGAUUUCGAUCAACUGCUUCUCCGCCCAGAGACAGUUCUCAGGCGCGUUCUGCCAGGCGGAUUUUGGUCGCCCCUCCUGUAGGUCGUGCUGAGGAAAAUAAUAAAACAAUCUGGGCUGGAGUUCUGCCAAGGUGUCCAUGGCGCACACAGUUCUGCGCCCCUUCCCCGUCGAACCCAGACGGCUCCGCGUCUUUGCUUCCCUCGUGCCUGGCGACUUCGAUAGAGGCAAGCCGGCAGAAGCUUAGUUGGGCCAGAAGGGGGGCGCAGGUCGCGUGUUAAGGGGAACUGGGGCGAUCGUCCUUCCGGGCCUUCUGGAUCCUCGAGGGCACCAGGGGCCCAAAGCCCCUGUUUAACAGGUCCCCGGCCACAUGAAGUUGCAUGAAAGCAGCGUCCUGGGCUACUCCCGCAUGGCGGCGCCCCCCGACCGGCAGGGGCGGCUCUACAAGAAGAGCGAACGCAGCAGCAGCUAUCAGCGCCGCUGGUGUGAGCUGCGGGGGAACUUGCUCUUUUACUGGGAGCGGCCGGGGGACCGCGAGCCGCUGGGGCUGAUCCUCCUGGAAGGCUGCACCGUGGAGCUACAGGAAUCCGCCACGGAGCCUUUCACCUUCCAGAUCUCCUACCCUCAGGGUCCGCUGGGCCACCGGGCCUACAAGAUGGCUGCUGAAGACCAGACUUCCAUGGAGGGCUGGGUGCGGGCUCUGAGCACAGCCAGCUUCGACUACCUGCGGGUCCUGUUGACGGAGCUGGAGGGACAGUACCGGGACAGCGGGGCCCUCAGGGUGACACCACCGGAGGAGGGGGCUGCACAGUGCAGCCCAUUGGUGUCAGAAGUGGGAUUGCCGGAUUUUGAGGGGCUUCACCGGCAGUUUGGGAAGGAGAUUGUGAAACUGAGGGUGAGGUGGAGGGAGGAGAGAGCAGGAGGGGCCCAGACGGUGCAGGGGGACCUGAUUGAUUUGGAGUAGGGAGAGAGGGAGCGGGGAAAGGAGGCGAGCUGGAGGGGGUAGGGAAUCCACAUUCAUUGCCAUCAAAUACAGGAGAAACUAUAGGGAACCCAGGGGCAGGCUAGCAGGGGCUGCAGGUCGGGAUUAAGCCUUUGUAGUCUGGGGUGACUGGGAAAUGGGGACAAAAUAUUUGCCAAAUAUUUACACUGUGAAGAUGCCUUUACAAUAAUAAAAUUAUCGUAUCCAG